UACAGUGACAGGUGACGGACUGUAUGCAUGUGCAGGCAUGACAGAUGAUUGAUUGGAAUUAAUGAAAGAAUGAUUGAUAUCGGUCAUAUCAGCUGAUAUCACUUGAUAUUCAUCAUGAAGCACAAUUGAAAUUAUGAUAUAGAAAAAAAAGCAAAAAAUGAACGAUUAUUUCGAAUCGUUCAGAGCACGUGAUUUAACAACUCUAUCAGAUGAUGACAUAUUGGAUAGACAUGACAGUGCACCUUUCUAUAAGAAAAACAUUGAGAUAUCAUGACAUAGGAAAUUAUAUAAUUGUUUUUUGCUGAAAGGAUGCAUAAUAAUACAUAAAAGGAUACGUAAUAUACGAAUCAUUUAUCGAAUAUACGAUUAUUUAUUAUAUACGAUUAUUAUCAUCAAGUAACAUAACAGGAUUAGGGGAUUUUAAGGAUUUUCCUGUUGUUUCUUUUUUUCUUCUUUCCCAAUACAUAUUUUUAGUGUAUAUUAUAUAAAUGUUUCGAAAGUCCAAUUUCGUCAAGCGACUUUAUGGUGCUGCAAAUGCAUCGACAGAGAUUGCUGCAGUUGCAGAGACCUCGACUCGAUUGCAGCUGCUUAGAACGAGAUUGCAAAAGGAUCAGCAACAUGGAAUACUUACAGAUACAUUUGGGCGUAAACAUACAUAUCUCCGGAUAUCCGUCACAGAGCGUUGCAAUCUUCGCUGUACAUAUUGUAUGCCUGCGGAAGGCGUCAAAUUGACCAAGAAAGAAAAUAUUUUGAAAACAGACGAGAUAAUACAGAUAGCUGAUCUUUUUGUCAAGGAAGGAAUACGAAAAAUACGUUUGACUGGUGGUGAGCCUACAGUGCGUAAGGAUAUUGUUGACAUUGUUGGGCAACUCAAGCAAUUGGUAGAUUUAGAACAGAUUGCAAUCACAACUAAUGGGUUGACAUUGACUCGUCAGCUGCCAGCUCUCCAAAGAGCAGGAUUGGAUGCAUUGAAUAUAUCAUUGGAUACUCUUAAAGAGGAACGUUUCGAGAUAUUUACUCGCAGGAAAGGUUGGAUGAGAGUUAUGGCUUCUAUAGAUCUUGCUGUUCAACUUGGUUAUAAUCCUGUAAAAAUCAAUUGUGUGAUAAUGCGAGGACGGAACGAUGAUGAAAUAAUUGAUUUUAUCGAUUUCACAAAAGAACGACCUAUCGAUGUACGUUUCAUAGAAUAUAUGCCAUUUCAAGGAAAUGAAUGGAAUGAAAAUAAGAUGGUUUCUUUCGACGAGAUGAAAAGAAUAAUCAGAAAAAAAUAUCCAGAUUUCCAAGCUUUGCCAAAUCAGCCCAAUGAUACGUCCAAGGCUUAUCAUGUGCCAGGAUUUGUAGGACAAGUUGGAUUUAUUACAUCCAUGAGCCAACACUUUUGUGAUUCGUGUAAUCGCUUGAGAAUAACAGCAGACGGAAAUUUAAAAGUAUGUUUAUUUGAAGGAAAAGGUGAAGUCUCGCUUAGAGACGCUUUGCGAAAUGGAGCUUCGGAAGACGCACUUAAGGAUUUGAUAAGAAAAGCAGUGUCACGGAAAAAGAAGCAACACGCAGGAAUGUUCAAUCUUACUCGGAUGGAAAAUAGGCCAAUGAUUCUGAUCGGAGAUAAUCAUAUGGAGAAAUUUUAUCACAAAAUGCACAAGUACAAAAUGUAUAACAUCGCAUCGAUGCGAUAUAAAUAUUUACCGUAUACCCCAAUGUACCUUAAAAAUAAUGCUAAUAUUAGAAUGUAUUCAUCAUUAUCGCACAUAGAUGAGACCGGUAAAGCGAAUAUGGUAGAUGUUGGAUUGAAAAGCGAUAGUAAACGCGCAGCAAUAGCGAGAGGAUUCGUCAAGGUUGGUCCUAUUAUCAGUAAUCUGAUUGCGGAGAACAAUGUGAAGAAAGGCGACGUGUUAUCGGUGGCGCAAUUGGCCGGUAUCAUGGCAGCGAAACGUACCUCCGACCUUAUCCCUCUGUGUCAUCCGCUCGUCUUGUCUUACGUAAACGUACGUCUAAGAUUGAUCGAGGAAUUACACAGUGUGGAAAUUAUAUCAGAAGUCAGAUGUGCCGGUAAGACGGGUGUCGAAAUGGAAGCUUUAACCGCUGUGAGUAUAGCGGCGCUUACAAUCUACGACAUGUGCAAAUAUGCAGCUACUCCUGGUACAAUGCAAAUACAUGGUAUAGAAUUGAUAUCGAAAACGGGUGGUACAAAGGGUGACUUUGCAAUAGAUAAAACGUAAACAGUUUAUCUUUAUCUCAUCGAAUUCAUCAAUAGCAUGAAGAUUCUUUCUGUCGCGUUUCUAAAGUUUUAAAUAAUAUAGAACAGUAUGUAUACAAAAUGUAUCAAUGUAUACAAAUGUAUACAUUGGUACAUUUACAAUUGGUACAUACAUACAUAAUGUUUACAAAUACCAAAUUGCUCAAAGACGGGAGUAUAAAAAAAGGAGUUAUUAUGAAUGUUUA